UCUUUCUUCUCUGUGUACUUUAUCAUCCUUGGGCACUGCCUUCCAGAUCCAGAUCUUAUAUUUCUGUGGUGACGUCAAAAAUCGUAAUAACCUAAAAACUAGUAAAUACGAAAUUCAAAUUGAUAAUUUUUGGAAUAAAUUUUAAACGUUGAGGUUCUUUGGCAGGUAUUAAAAUGUGCGAAUUUUAAUAAUAAUAGCUGAUAGCAAUUUUAUGAAGUGGAUAGAUUUUGUUUGUUGAUUGUCAAACGCAAUGUUCAAUGAUACAACUGUAGCUAGAACCGCCAACAAUAGUGACAUUAUUUAUGUUGGUUCUUACCAAGUAGACUCUACUACCUUAUUUGAGUUUUUCUGUUUCUUAUCAUUUCUGAGUUUUGCUAUUCUCUGCUACACAUCUAUCAAAGCAAUGAGGUUGAGGAGAGGACGCCGCAGAGUUCGCAAAUACGGAAUCCUGGCCAGCAGAGAGGACGUUGAAAUGACACCAUUGGGAGAAGAAGAUGAAGACGAGGAUUCUACUGUUUUCGACAUCAAUAACCACGCUCGACCAUGACGGGAAAUACUGGCCUAAGUUGCCAACAAACGUCUUAUGCUUGCGCAUAAAAAUGUGAGAAUAGAAUGAAUGAUCAUACUUACAUCUUA